AAUUCCAAAACCCUAGGUUUCUUAUUCUGCUGUGCCUCUGUGUCAAUGGAUGAGUCUUCGUCUUCUUCUUAUUUGUCUCCUUCCUCUACUUCUCCUAUUCCCUCCUUUCCCCAUGCUCUUGUUCCUUCUCUUUCCACUGGUUCUCCGUUUCUUUCUACAAUUUUUGCCCCUUCCUCUCCUGUUGUGUCUGUCAUGCCGUCAAUCCCUAUUCCUUCUUUUCCUCCUACUUCUUCCUCUUUACCCACAACCCUUGCCUCUUCUGUUUUCUCUCAUCUCGUUUUCUCCGUCACCAAUAUUCGGAAUUAUGUGGCAGAAACUCUUGAUCACACUAAUUUUUUUGUGUGGAAGGAAUUGAUGAUUCCUAUAUUGAAAAGCAAAGGCGUUUAUGGUCAUGUUGAUGGUUCCGAUUCGUGUCCCUCCCCUAACAGUCCAGAUUUUGAUUACUUGAUGCAAGUUGAUUAUCAGCUCAUAGCAAAAUUAGCUUGGGAAUCUAUUCAUCAGUUGUACCAAAGCCAACUUAGUGCUACUGCACUUCAAUUAACUCAAGAAUUCAGUGUAUCUGAUAAAGAUUUAGUGCUUCGAACUAUUGCUGGUCUUGAUCAUUUCUUUUCAGUGGCAAAGCGCACUAUUCCUCAACGUGUUCCCUUCCCUACUUUCUUGGAAUUGCGAUCACUACUAUUGAUUGAGGAAGCUAAUAUUUUAUUCAUUAUGCUGCUCAUUUGCAAUGAGGUCGUGGUUUUGGCCGGAAUAAUUCUUUUAGGGGAGGCCGGACUAAUUGAGGUCGGGGAUCUCGCGGAAGUGGUCGUACUGUCUGGAAUCAUCGCUCAAAUUUUUCUGGCCAUUCUUAUUCUGGUUGCGGCUUCGGCAAUUUCUACUCGUGCCUUACCCCCAUUACUGCCAACUUCGCCAACUUCGCCAACUCCGCCAACUCUUAUUGCUUGUCAAUGGUGUAAUCGACUGGGUCAUCAAGCAUGUGAUUGCUCUUUCUUAACUACCAAACCUGCCUCUGCUUCCUCUACACCCCAAUCACUAUAUGCAAAUUUAGUUCCUGCUCCUAUGGAUCCCAAUUGGUACUUUGAUAGUGGAGCUCAAACCCAUGCUACCAACAAUCCUGGUAAAUUACUUCGCUCCACUCCUUCCUCUUCCUCCAAUUUUAUUCAAGUCGGUAAUGGUCAGUUAUUGCCUGUUACUUCUCGUGGUGAUGCUUUACUCUCUACUUCCAACUCUCAAUUUAGUCUUAAUAAUGUUUUGGUUGCUCCACAUCUUACCAAAAAUCUUGUUUUUGUUCGUCAGUUUACUCGUGAUAAUAAUUGUAGUGUUAACUUUGAUUCAUCUGGUUUUUCUAUUAAGGACAACAAGAUGAAGAACGUCCUCCUUCGUUGCAAUAGUUCGGAUGGCUUGUACUCAUUUUCUAGUGGUUCCUUCCCCAAUUAUCCUGCUGUCUAUUCUGUUUUGCAUUCUCUUGAUGUGUGGCAUUGUCAUCUUGGUCAUCCGAGUAUCACUUCUAUUCAACAUCUUGCUAGACAUGGUCUUCUUCCAAUUGAAAGAGUUACUUUGCCACCACGUUUAUGUCAUGCAUGCUACAUUUUCUUACUCCUCAUGAGGUCUCAAGUUGGCACUCGAAAGCCUCGGGUUCUGCCAUCCUUGCUUGCUACCGAAACUGACAUCAGGGAGCCAAAAACCUUUAAAGAAGCCUGUCAAUUCUCCGAAUGGCAUUCUGCAAUGGUGGAUGAGUUCUCGGCUUUGCUAAAGAAUAAUACUUGGUCUCUUGUGCCUCAUCCUUCAACUGUCAAUGUGGUUGGCUCCAAGUGGGUUUAUCGUAUAAAACAGAAGGCUAAUGGUUCUAUUGAGCGCUUCAAAGCUCGCCUCGUUGCUCAAGGGUUUACACAACAACAAGGUAUUGAUUAUGAUGAUACUUUCAGUCAUAUGGUCAAGCCUGUUACCAUUCGAACUGUUUUGGCAUUAACUGUGAUGUAUUCUUGGCCUAUUCAUCAACUUGAUGUGAAGAAUGCCUUUCUUCAUGGGCGGCUUUCUGAGGUUGUAUAUAUGUCUCAGCCUCCUGGGUUUAUUGAUCCAAAAUAUCCUGAUUAUGUUUGUCGGUUGAAUUGUGCUCUUUAUGGCUUGAAGCAGGCGCCUCGUGCUUGGUUUCAAAGAUUUGCAUCUUUUCUGUUUACUCGAGGUUUUUCUCAAGCUCGCUCUGACAGUUCUAUGUUUCUUUAUCAUUCUAAUGGUGCUAUGGCUAUUCUUUUACUUUAUGUGGAUGAUAUUGUGCUCACGGCUUCCACUAAAUUGCUGCUUCAUGCCAUUAUUUCUUUGCUAAAAAGUGAGUUCUUGAUGACUGAUUUGGGGCAGCUUAAUUAUUUUUUGGGUAUCAGUGUUAGUUUCAAUUCCGAUGGAUUAUUUCUUUCUCAGUCUAAGUAUACUCAUGAGCUCCUUGAAAGAAGUGGCAUGCUUGAUUGUAAGCUAGUGGUAACACCUAUGGCACCCAAGGCAAAAUUGUUUUCUAUUGAUAGUCCAGCUUACUCUGAUCCGGCAUUCUAUCGCAGUAUUGUGGGUGCUCUACAGUAUCUAAACCUUUACACGCCCAAAUAUUGCUUUUGCUGUUGGCCAGAUGUUGAUUGGGUUGGGUGUGUUGCUACUAGAAGAUCUAUUUCUGGUUAUUGUUUGUUUCUUGGUAAUUCUUUGAUUUCUUGGUCUUCCAAGAAGCAAAACACUGUCACUCGAUCAAGUGCUGAAGCUGAAUAUCGUGCUAUAGCCAAUGCUGUUGCUAAGGUUCUUUGGGUUCGUCAACUGCUUUCUGAGCUACAUGUUUUCCUUCAUUCUCCUCUUAUGGUUUAUUGUGAUAAUAUCAGUGCCAUUUAUCUGUCUCUCAAUCUAGUUCAACAUCAACAAACGAAGCAUAUUGAGAUUGAUAUUCACUUUGUUAGAGAGCGUGUUGCUUCUGGUAUUAUUUGCAUUCAAUAUGUUCCUUCUUCUGCCCAACGUGCUGAUGUCCUCACCAAGGCUCUAUCUUCUGCUCUUUUCUGAUCUCAAAGGUCCAAUUUGAGCGUUCUUUGCUCUCCCGCUCAAAUUGCGGGGGGAUGAUAAUGUAUAUCAUAAUACACAUGUACAUAGUAUAGGGUUAGAAAUGUAAAUAUACUUCUAUACAUCUUGUAUAUAUACCCUGAUUAUAACCUAAUAAAAAUUGAUUCAGCCU